GUCAAUCUCACAAACACAACCAAAGAACUUUUUUGAACAGAAUCAAAUUCAAACAAAAUCAUAUCUCUUAAUAAUGCAUUCAUUUUUAAUUGCAAUGAUCGGUCUGAUAGCAGUAUCAUUGCUCAUGGCUCCCAAUGUACAUGCUCAGUUAGGGAGUGCUUGGGAGCCCAUUCGCAAAUUGAAAAAGGACCCCGAGGGAUAUUCUCACAUCGCUGACGACGGAGUAGCACGAGCAUAUGAUGGGAACGAUGCCGUUAUUGACUAUGUUCGCUUGUCCAACGACCAACUUAUGCAGCUGCUCUUGGACCUUCCCGAGUCAUGGCAGAAGGAACUGGAUCAUCUUCAUUCUGUAUUUGAUGGUGUUGAUGGACUUCAAGUUGUGGAUGAGAAUCAGCUGCUCAACCCUCCUGCUUGGCUUCGACCGGCUGUAAAUCGUGCGGCACCUCAGUCUCGAAACCCUAAGCGCGAUGUCGAAUCUCUCCUAGAGACCAGAAGCUAUUACUGCAAAGGCCAAUUUUGCAUGAGCCCCGAAGCUUGCCAAUUCCUUGGCUGCUCAAAUUGUAACUUUUUGGAUGAAUAUUUACCAGGAGGAGCAGGGGUUUGCAUCAAAUAGUCAAAAGCAGAGGUGUCAGAUCUGCCUAAGCUGUCCAAACAAGCUGCACAAAAGGUGGACGUCAGAUCUUGAGGAUGUGAAAGGUUCAAUAUGUCAUGGGCUAUGUCCAAUGUGUUGUAUUCUUGGGCUUGUGCCCUUGUGUGAAUGGAGGGCUAUUCUGACUGGCUUUGUGAUCAAAAUUACAAUCCAUAGCUGAGGUAUGGAUACAUAUUAUACAAGAAAUUGCUUACAUAUGUUCUUCAUUUCCAUGAAAACCUAAAUCUGUACCCAAGGUACUGAUAGGGGUUUCCAAUAUUCAUCUUUGCUCUCUAUGUUUUCCCUUCUUUCUUCUCUCUUUUAAGGCAUUCUUCAUGUAUCUACUGCAUCGAUGAAUGUCGUAUUCAAACCCUUACACCAUAUAUCAGAUUGUUGCGAUUGAAAUGGGUUAUAUGCUUCAAGGCCACUUAUGGAUAGCUCUAAU